UUAGCUUGUGAGAGACCUUUCACUCUUUCUACUGAUAAAGAAGAGCUAGAAAAUUAUGACGAUCUUUAACUGGGUGCAGAGAAAGCUGCACCACAAUGUCAUCAAAGAAAUAGACGGUGUGACGAAAAACGAGAAGAAUAAGAGAAGUGAAGGAACUAGUGAGAUAGAGAAGAACACGAAAGCUAUAUUGGAUCAAGUUGGGUUAGUGGAUGCUCUUGAUAAUUGGUUCGAUGGAGUUCUCACCAUCGGCACAUUUGGUUUCGACACCUUGAACUUUCAAGAAGAAGAUGGAAAAUAUGAUGAUGAAUGUGGGAGUGUGGAUCUCGACUAUGUCGUAAUCGAUGGUAGCAUCAUCAAGAACGUCGAUCAGGAAGUGGAUCCUCUUAUCUCCGAUGACAAUAAGUGCUAUGAUCAUCAUGAAGAUGUAAUUGAGCUAUUGGAUACUGAUCACUUUGGCUCGAUCAAAACCACUGAAACGCCAGUUGUGGCGGUGGCGGUGGAAGCCGAGAUAGUCCCACAGAAGAAGAGGACAACACUUGCGGAGUUAUUCAUGGAGGACCGAGACAAAGACGAUGACCAGGGGCAAGGCAAGAAAUCCAAGAACCCUAAUCUUGUCGACGAGGAGGUUAAAUAUCCUAAACAAAAUGGGUCAAAGCUAAGUAGGAAGUUCUCCCUUGUUAAAAAGAAGUUGGUCAUGUCAAAGUCGAAAGAUAAAGAAAAAGAUUCGCCUCCAAUCAAGAGAAUGCAUCAGAUGAUAAAGAGAAUGUUAAAGAAGAAGAUCCAUCCAGAUAUAGAUCCGCCUAAGGCUUCUAAAAAAGACGUUAUACACAAGCCAACUCAAAAAUGUGAAGCUCUCGAAUCACGUUAUCUUCUUAGCAUUCAAGAUUGCAUGGCCUAGAAGGCUUAGAGCGAUGUCGUACAAGAGCAAUCGUCAUUGGAUCCAUUGGUUUCUAUAUUACACUAUAUUAUAUGUGAUUUCUUUUUUUUUUUUGUUAUUUCAGAAUGUGUUGGUGUUGUUAAGAUUGUUAAGUAGUAUGUUACAAACAAUUACUAAGUUGCUAUUAUUUGUUCAAUAUCAAUAUGCAUAUUGUGUUUUUAUAAUUAUAUAUGUCAUGUGUUUUUCUUUAGUCCGAUCUCUAUCAGUGCAUCGUUCUCAAAAGUUUUUUCUGUUUAACUAAAACCGUUGACUGUGAAAUCUGUGAUAAAAUUUCGUAUUUCGUAUUUCUCAUGCUUGGUUAGUUUGGGUUUUUCAAAUUUUCAUUAUGCUAAUUGGUCAAUGUAAGUAUUUUGACUAAUACUAAAAAUCAACGUAUCGAAAUCAGAAAAGCCUUUUUUGCAUUGGGCCGAAUAAUGAGAAAAGUAGUUUUGAGGCUUCUUCAAAAAUAUGCUUGACUCUUUUUUUUUUCUUUCUAAAACGUGAAAAGAGCUUCACCAACCUGAGGUUGCUGACCAAUUGGAGGCAUCUCAGCUACCAAUUUAACAUACAAACUCCAUAUUCUUCACGUUUUACUAUGGUUAAUAAUUCCUUUGGAAGAGCAAAAAAUCAAAUGGCGAAUCUUAUUUCGUUUCAUGACGUAUGUAAACA